AUGGUGGCUGAUUUGAAAGUUGUUUCUCGUGAUGAACUUUUCAAUGAAAGAAACGAGGAGCCUGAAGCAGAAGAUUCAGUAAUACUUCCGAAACUUGAAUUCGAGUUCAUCGAAGUGAAUAAUGCAGAAGGAUCGACAGCAGAUAUAGACCGAAACACCGAAAAUGUUGACACUAAUAAUACACAGGAAGAUGAUGAGUUUGACUUUCCAUUAUUUUCCUUUGGUGCAGCUGCCCCUUUAGAUGAAGCUGACAAUGGAAAGGCACAAGAAGAAAAGGAAGAAGGUGAGAGCCGUGGAAGGAGUGUCACCAAAUUGAUGAAAGUCUCGCUUAGAGAACCAAGUCCAGAAGUCAUUAAUAUUACCAGGCCCCGCUCGUACUACUUUUCCGAAUAUAGUGAAGCAGAAAAACAGCAAUUCAGAGAGUCGGCCCUUGAUGUCGAUUCUAUUCUGAAAGAAUACAAAUUGGGACCGUAUAAAGGAUGGCCAGAAUACAGAGGCAAAGUGAUUGAUUUAAAUGAGCACAAUGCCAAAAUCGAUUUAGAGCAACAAAGAAUGAAAAAGCUGCAGAAAAAGAGACCAAGUAAGAAACAAAGAAUAGCAAGAAAGCUUGGAAAAGAGAGAGAACUUCAAAGAAUACAAAAGGAUAAAGAAAUCAAGAUGAUGAUCAAAAAGAGAUUCCAUAAACGUGGUGGUAAAAAGAAUAAGAAAAAAGUACCUAAUCCUCUUGAAAACGCUGGAGCCACGCCUAAGAAUAAACCGAAAACCUCUACUAAUUCAAAGCCAAAGAGUGCUCCCAAACCUAAGUUCAGAACAGAAUGA